AUGGAUUCCGUGAGCAAAGAAGAGACGCUGGAAAAACUUGACCAAGAGAUAACGGUCAACCUGCAGAAGAUAGACUCCAACUUGAGUUUCUGCUUUCAUAAGAUUACUCAGGAUAUCAUUCCGCACGUGGCCACAUAUUCAGAAAUAUGUGAGCGGAUCAUGGAUAGUACCGAAUGGCUGGGGACCAUGUUCCAAGAAACUGGGCUGGUUAAUUUACAGGCCAACGCUGCUGUUGCGGAGAAAACCGCCCUUGGUCAGGGGAAGAUGGUCAAUAAUGGUGGUAUACUUCCUACAUCCGCCGAAAAGUUGAGUGGGGAGACUCAAGCAGCCUGUGAUAAUCCUGGCGAGCUGGAUUCAGUGGUAGGUAUUACUCAGAACCCACAUUCUAUGCUCACUCAAGAAAAUACAGACGAUUUUCACACAGCAAACAUAACAUCGACGGGACAGAUAUUGAAACUUCCAGACUCUAGCGACGAGGACACUGGUGGUGAGGUGCUUUCUUCAGGAGACCAGAAAGGUCUUACCGGAGAGGAUAAUGAGGAAGCUGAUAAUGAGCAGGACGAAAGCACAAUACAGAGACAAAGUCGCAAGAGGAAAAUCUCUUUGCUUUUACAGCAGCAAUACGGGUCUAGUUCUAGCAUGGUGCCGUCUCCGAUCGUUCCCAAUAAAAUGCGGAAGCAAGUGCCCCAUGAAGAUCAUAUCAACAACGACGGUAGUAACGACGAUGAGAACAGUAAUAAUAUAGAGAGCUCGCCUCUAAAACAGGGACCCGAAAUGAAGGGGCGAGCGGAGAACGACAACGAUGGAUCUGAUGAAGAAGAGAGUACGAAAGAGGUGCCUAAGCCCGGAACCAUCAUCCAUUUUUCGACCACCAGGUAA